GUUCGUCAUUGGGCACAUGCUAAGAGCUUGGUGUACAAGAUGCGUCGACUAUUUUGUGUGCUGGUGUUCAUUGUAUUCAAUUUUCCGAUUGCACAAGGAUCCACUGUGGGACAGGAAUUCGUCACUGGAUGUCUGGGUCAUUCAUCUGGUAGCUUACUCAAAAUAGAUAUUGCCUCAUAUACAAAUACAAGUGGUCAUGUCCAUAUUUACAUACCAUAUCUUGGAAUAAAUACGACGUCGCCGUUUAACAAAACAUUUUCAUUAGCUCUGGACAGAAGUAUUGCGCUUGAUGGCACGCGUAUUGAAAACAGAGGCGUGUUUAUAAAAUCAGAUAAGGACAUAUCAGUUUAUGCAACGAGUUCUUUACCAUCUAGCGGUCUUAGGUAUUAUUCAGACACAUAUGUGGUAAUCCCCAUUGAUUCACUGGGAAAUAAAUAUGAGAUUGCCAGCUAUGACCCUAACGCUAGUACCUCAUACCCAUCCGUAUUCAUGGUGAUUGCUGCGUUUGACAACACGUUGAUUAACGUUACAUUUCCUAACGGAACCUCUAUAUCGAAAACAAUAAACUGGUUGAACGUUUACCAAGAAGCAAGUCCAUCGACCGAUCUUACUGGUACUAUAGUCCAGUCCACAAAACCUGUGUCUGUUCUUAGCGGAGCAUCCUAUUCAAAAGUGGCUAGUCAAGGAAGCUCUUAUGAUAUGUUAGGGGAACAACUCCUUCCAGUCAAUUCCUAUGAAACUUACUUUAUUGUUCCGCCGAUUUACAGUUCAUAUUCAUUUAUUGUUCGUAUGUUCAGCAAUCAGAUUCCUAACAGGAUCUGUGUGAAAGAUGAGUCAAUCGAAAACUGUACCAUGGUAGGACCGACGAAAUGGAUUGAGUCUGCACCAAAAAGUACAGCAUUGAUCGUAACUAGUCAAGAACCGAUUUCCGUUGUACAAUACAAAGCAGGCGCUAAUUAUUAUUACAUGACAAAUAUUCCAGGAUUAAGACAAUUUAUAAAUUCGUAUGCUUUUGUUGUACCCGACGUAUAUAGCUCACAAACAACGUAUAUUGCUGUAACCAUACGUUCAUCUGCGAUUCACACGCUUCGUCUAGACGGAAGUUCACCAGUAAACCAAAUCGUUCACAAGGCGAAUGUCCCUGCUCCACUGAACGAAUAUAUGGUCCUCACGUACACGAUAACACCUGGAUACCACGUUAUGAAUUCGAACGAAACGAAUGUUCUGUUCGGACUGCUUUCGUUUGGAUUCGUUUCGACCACUGAGACUGCCUUUGCAUCUCCUGUUGGAAUGCUCAUGCGAUCAGAUAUACGAGUCAUGUGCUACAAUUGUGAUGACAUGUCUGACCUUGAAUUGUGCGACACGGUGCAACGUUGUGCUCCUGGACAGCUAUGUUUAGUUCAGCAGGGUGUUUCGCAGUACAGCUCCGGGUGUGCUAAUAUGUCGUUGUGUGUGAAUGCAAAACACUCUCACGGGCAUUGCAUGGAAUGCUGCGAUGGCGACUUUUGCAAUGGCCAUGGAUGUGGCGAUAACGGCUUGGUUCCAAGAAGUCAGAGAGGCCCCAUGUGCUAUGACUGCAACCAUGUCCUCAAACCUGAUCUAUGUAAAAAUGUGCGACCAUGCUUCGAAGACGAGCUUUGCAGCAUCGAGGAGUUUGACUGGCUGGGGCAUUCCCAUUUCAAACUAGGCUGUGUGGCAGCAUCGUGUAGUGCGAUCGACCACCAUCGUUCCGUACCAAGAUGCAAGUCAUGCUGCAGUGAAGACUUCUGUAACACCAACUGCACGAUGAGUCACAAUCAUGGGGCUUCAAUCAUUGGUUAAAUGCAGGGCGUGGAUAUAAUUUUAAAUGUUACCACACGCGGAAAACAAACUGCAUGAUGCGUUUGGUUUUAUUUUAUAUUCUAAUUCACACUUGAUUGGCUUUAAUUUGGUUCUAACGCAUGAUCUGUUUAGUUUUAUUUUAUUUUCUCACUUACACUUGAUUGGCUUUUAUUGGGUUCUAAUGCAUGAUCUGUUUGAUUUUAUUUUAUUUUCUCAUUCACACUUGAUUGGCUUUAAUUGGGUUCUAAUGCAUGAUUUGUUUUAUUUUAUUUUAUUUUCUCAUUCACACUUGAUUGGCUUUAAUUGGGUUUUAAUGCAUGAUGUGUUUAGUUUUAUCAUAUUUUCUCAUUCACACUUUAUUAGCUUCAAUUGGGUUCUAAAAACAUGUAUUAAAUAA